CAGAAAAGGCAACGGCUUCAGUAGGAGGAAGGAUGUUUACUUCCGCUUCUGGCGGAACCUUUAGAGUCGGGUAAAAGAGGCCGAAGAGAAAACUCUCUUCUGUAUCGAAUAGCCGUAGCGGCAUCUGGUAUGAUUUAAUUUUGUGCGUGGCUGUUGGGCUUUACUCCUUCUACAAGGGUUUUAAUUUGACCCUGCCCAAACUAAAGAUGGCGGCGUAGGCAUAGAGCCGACCAUAGAGUCUCCGAGCUAGAGAGGCCCAGACGGGCCGCGGGCGGAAGAAUAGGGCCAGGCCAGUCGGCCUAUAAAGGAAGUUCGUAAUCGGGCCGGUGCUCCGUGCUUCCUGCGCCUGCGUGAAGAUGGUAGAAGAAGGAGUCCGCGUGGUUCGCUGCGGCGGCAGCCGGCUGAACUUCAGGAGGGCCGUGUUCUCCGUGGAUUCCAAGUAUAUCUUCUGUGUCUCGGGAGACUUUGUCAAGGUCUAUAGCACAGCCACAGAAGAGUGUGUGCACAUUCUGCAUGGGCACACAGAUCUGGUGUCUGGAAUUCUCAUCAACCCCAGCAACCAUCUACAGCUCUACUCUUGUUCCUUUGAUGGCACAAUUAAACUGUGGGACUAUGUUGAUGGCAUUCUGAUAAAGACUUUCACUAUUGGACCUAAACUCCACGCCUUCUUUAUUCCUCCCCAUGCGGAAGAUUCCGUCUUCCUUACAAUAAGUAAAGAAGAGCCAGAUGUAUUUCAGCUGGUAUCAGUGAAGCUGCCCAAAUCAACAAGCCAGGACGUGGAAGCUAGAGAGCUCACCUUUGUUUUGGAUUACAUAAACAGGUCCCCCAAGUGCAUUGCCUUUGGAAAUGAGGGAGAAUAUGUUGCUGCAGUCCGGGACUUUUACUUAUCUGUUUAUUUUUUCAAAAAGAAAAAAACAUGCAAUUUUACUUUACCAUCAACAAAAACCAAGAAGAAUGCGAAGAACAAGUUCACAUGUGUAGCCUGCCACCCAAAGGAAGAUUGCAUUGCAUCUGGUCACAUGGACGGCAAAAUCCGCCUUUGGAGGAACUUUGACAGUGAUCAGAAGUACACAUACACAUCUUUGCAUUGGCACCAUGACAUGGUUAUGGAUUUGGCGUUCACAGUAACAGGCACCAGUCUGCUGAGUGGCGGGCGGGAGUGUGUGCUUGUGGAGUGGCGAGAUGGAUCAGAGAAGAACAAAGAGUUUCUUCCUCGAUUAGGAUCUUCUAUUGAGCACAUCUCUGUCUCACCUGCAGGAGAUUUGUUCUGUACUUCUCACUCUGAUAACAAGAUAACAGUUAUUCACCGAAAUCUUGAUGCAUCGGCAGUAAUUCAAGGCCUAGUUAAAGAUAGGAGUGUAUCUACUGGUUUGAUGGUUGACCCAAGAACCAAAGCUUUAGUUUUGAAUGGAAAGCCUGGUCACCUGCAGUUUUAUUCUCUCCAGGGUGAUAAGCAGUUAUACAAUCUAGAUAUCAUACAGCAAGAGUACAUCAAUGAUGAGGGUCUAACCCAAAUUGAACUAACAAAGGCUGCCUUUGGCUGCUCUGGGACUUGGUUGGCAACAGUUGAACAACGCCAAGAAAAUGAAAAUGAGCUGGAGCUGCAAAUGAAACUGUGGAACUAUAGCAAGAAAACCCAAGGGUUUGUUCUUAACACAAAGAUCGCCAUGCCACAUGAUGACCACAUUACAGCUCUCUGUUUCAAUAAUGCAGAAAGCUAUGAAAAACCCAUCCUGGUCACAGCUAGCAGAGAUGGCCACUUCAAAGUGUGGAUAUUAACAGAUGACUCUGACAUAUACAAAAAAGCCAUUGCUUGGACUUGUGACUUUGUGGGUAGUUACCACAAAUAUCAAGCAACCAAUUGUUGUUUCUCUGAAGAUGGUUCCUUACUGGCAGUUAGUUUUGAGGAAAUAGUUACAAUAUGGGAUUCACAAACAUGGGAACUAAAAUGUACAUUUUGCCAACGAGCUGGGAAAAUAAGGCACCUUUGCUUUGGAAGACUGACAUGCUCAAAGUAUCUUCUCGGCACUACUGAGAAUGGCAUUCUCUGCUGUUGGAAUCUGCUCAGUUGUUCAAUACAGUGGAGUGCAAAAUUGAAUGUUAGAGUUAUGGAACCCGACCCUUACUCAGACCAUGUUGCUGCAGUGGCUCAGUCUUCAGCGGGCUCAGAUCUGUUUGUAUUUAAACCUAGCGAGCCAAGGCCAUUGUAUAUUCAAAAGAAUGUCUGCAGAGAGGAAGUCCAGUGGGGAGUGUUUGUUCCACGAGAUGUCCCAGAAUCAUUCACCUCAGAAGCGCACCAGUGGCUGAACAGAUCUCAGUUUUACUUCCUAACGAAAUCACAGACCUUAUUAACAUUCAGUACAAAGUCUCCAGAAGAGAAGCUCACACCAACAAGCAGACAGCUGCUGGCAGAAGAAAGUUUGCCAACGACCCCAUUUUCUUUUAUAUUGGGAAAACACAGGCAACAGCAGGAUGCAAAGUUAACUGAAACUUCAGAGAAUGAACUGGUACAACUCCCCUUAACAGAGAACAUACCUGCAAUUACUGAGCUUCUUCACACCCCAGCCCAUGUACUGCCAUCAGCUUCUUUCCUGUGCUCUCUGUUCGUAAACUCGCUGCUGCUGUCUAAGGAGACUAAAAGUGCUGAAGAAGUUCCUGAUGAUGUCGAUAUGGAGGGAAACAAAGAAAGUGAUGAUUCAGAUGAAGAGUAUGAUCUUACUGAACAAGCCAAGGAAACAAAUAACACGGACUUGGGAGAAGAUGCUAUACAUCAGCUGUCAAAAUCUGAAGAGAAGGAGCUGAGAAAGUUCAGAAAAGUAGAUUACAGCUGGCUAACUGCUCUGUAGUAGGUCAUGGCUGUGCCAUGACACAGAGACAUGUUGUACUUAAUGUUUACUGUCUGUUAAUACUCCAAAAAUGUUUGUAAAGUUAUUUUAUUCUUAAGAUAAAAUAUUAAAAGUCUUCUGUUUA